AGAAAACUCAUCUGUUCUGCCGAAAAUUGAUCAAUUCAAGCGAAAUUUUGCGUCGGAAACAAUUUUUUAAAAGUGCAGUUUUCAUUCUUUAAAAGUGUCUGUCGGAUGAUCACUGAGCAAAGAAGUGAACGAGCUCGGGUUAUUCUUAAGCCUAUUUUUUUGGAUUUUUUGAGUGAUAUCUAUUCCACAAAGAUCGUUCGUCGCAAUGGCAGCUGCGUGCGAAUCUACUCUGGUGAUAAGUCCUCCGAGGAAAGAGAAUGCUGUGCAAUACAACACGGUUCAGAACACCCUGACUCUGCAAGCGUUCGCCUCGAAACCGACCUUAGACUUCGGAGAAGUGAAGCUCGGGGUUCGGGUUGAAGUCGGUCUGAGAAUCUUCAACCCUUCGGAUCAUGACGUCGAAAUUACAAUUGUUAAUUCCCCAUCGCCAUUCAAAGCUGUGACAAAAUUCACCGCUCCGAAGAGCAGCGGGUUGUUGUACAAUGUAGCCUGGCGGCCCAGAGAAGAAGGGAUCGUUCGAAAAGUGUUGGAUGUAAAGGUUGUUCCCAGUCGGCCUCCAAUUCGCACCGGGAUCAUCCUUGUUGGUAAAUGUGUGGAUCCUUCGAAGGGCCCGGAAUGGAAGCGAGCUGUGUUGAGAGCUUCCCAGAGGCAAAAACCUGCCUUCAAAAAGCCAUUCGUCAAAAACAGCGAUAAGCUAAGCAAGGAAAACGUGUCAUGCUCUACUCCAUCCAAUGACGAGCAAACCUUUAUCACGAAGAAACGAGGUGUUCUAACCGAACAUCAAGAAACUCCUCCACCUUCCGUGGAGCCGUGCGAAAUAAACAACGAGACUUUCCUUGUAGAAACUCCUGGAAGGCGGGAAACGUAUAUUGUACCAGACGAACUUCCUGAUCUGAACGAAGCAGCUCCAACGACCAAACCUGUGAACAAGUUUCGCUUUCCACAAUACAUGUAUAAAAAGCGGAAAAGCUCGACUCCAGUGACGUCUCCCAAGAACAGGACGGAGUCCGUGAUUCCCGCUCGAAACCAGGGUCCAUCGUCCACCAGAUCUCCAGCCAGAAAAUUUGCUGAGCAUUUGUCGUUGAGAAUCGGCGCCCAGGCAGGCAAAAACGUGCCGAAUCAAAAGAGCUUUGUGGCCGCCAAAGCAUUCCAUCCAGCUGAGGUGAAAAAUACGGAAAAUGUGGAAUCUCAAACUGUAUCUCCAAGGACCAUGGUGGAAAACGUGAAGCGGAGAAUCCAAGAGAUGGUGCAAGAAAUGUCUGCAAGACCCUGUGUCGUUCCUGAUAAACCUGCUGACGUUGUUGAAGAAGUGGCUGACGAGUUUGAGGCAGUCUCUUUGAAGGAUGUGCCGCACAAGGACCAUGUCGGGGAUGAUUUGGAUGUCAGCAUGCCUAGUUCGAUCUUUAACCCAGAGCUUCCAAUUGAAGCUGAGGCGAUGAAGCGAAUCAGUCUUGAGCACAUCUCCGAAGAGGAAAGUUUCCAAGAUGCCGAUAAGGAGAAUGAGGCACCAACUCUUGGUACGCCACCUGGAUUUUUUGCAAAAAUUAAUAGGAACAUGCGCCUGAUGUUCACUCCGUCUCCUAAGUGCGUGAAAGAAGAAUUCCAACAACCGAAAGAAGAACCUUUGAGCACGACUGAAACCGAACUUGCGGAUAAUCAAACUCUCGCCGCUGAGCCACAGAUCGAACGGAAUCGCGCAAGAGAGAAUUUGCCAAAAGUUGUUCUUAUAUCGCGGAGAGAAAUUGCUGCACUCAGGAUUCAAGCUUGGUAUUUCAGGCAUCGAUCCCAUCGAAUUUGCUCCAAUCCAAACGAUAUGGCAGACGAUAAAGAUAAGAAAAUCAAGGUACGUUUCUGCGAAACAUUUUCCCGAUCUCUGGGGCAAACUCAGGACUUCUAUGACGACAACGUCGGGGACGAUGAUGGGCUUAGUCCACCUUGGAGAAAAGAUGUCGCUCUUACCAUUGAGAAAGCUCCGGAGCAGGCAGAAAUGGAAACCUGGGCAACAAACAGGGGUAGAGGCCUUGCCAACCGAACAGCGCUACGUCCAAUACCCUCAGUAGGGCAGCGACACCUUCCCGCAGAAACUAGCAACAGGAUAACACGUCCUUGGAGAUCUGCAACCUGCAACGAACGCCACAUCGACGCGUCCAAUGGACUCCAGUCUCGCGUCAUCACGACCCUCUCUUCGACCCGUUUGGAGGGUCACUGGGAACCCACGAAACCCAGCGACGAAGACCUAUUGACCGAGUUUCCCAGAGAGAUCCACACCUUGUCGGACCUGAUGCGGGUCGUGGCGUACGAAACAGCAGAGGAUCUGAGAAAUGCCUUGACUGAGGCCGGAGCCGCGACUUAUGGCAUUUAUGGAGUUCCUUUGCCCGACUUUGACGCCAUGCGUGAGAAAGUGUGGUGCGAGAUGAAGAAGAUCACUUACGAGCUGAUGAUCCUGAAGAAGAUUCUCAACGAGGCCGUGGAAGACACUGGGAAAGCGAAGAAGGAGGCUGAUGAGGCCUACGAGAAAUUCCAGCCGGGCCUAGUGUCGAAACUGCAGAAAACUUGCGCGGAAUUCGGUCGAAUUCAUGGUUGCCGGGAUAAACUCAGGCGAGUCCUGAAUCUUGCUGCGUCAUUUUUAUUGCGAGAGAGCUAA